AUGACGAGGAAGAGGUGUUCUUGUCUUCGCUUCGUGUAUGUGAUAACGAUGAUCCUGGCUGUCAUCGUCUCUUCUUGUUACGUCAUCGUCGACUGCUCGGAGGUCCAAGCUGCUCAGCCAGACGGAGGGCAUGACGGCUGGUCGCCGCCGCCACCUCGAGGAGGCACUGUGCAGCACAUGUGCCCCGACCCUGAGCCCGAGUGCAGACACCCCGGUGCUCCCCCGCCGCCGCCUGUUGCGCAGCCCCACCGGGAGAUCGGGCGGAGCUGGUAG